GCAAAGUAUGAAUUGUGUAAAGGAGGCUUGCUAAGGUUUAUAAAAAGCUGGGAAAAAAAUUGAGUGAUUCAACUUGUGGCUGCUCUACCUAUUGGCUCAAUGGCUUAUGUGGUGUAAUGGUGUGGCUGGUGUGCAGGUGAUGCUGAUGGGGAAGGAGGUGUUUGGGGACGUGCUGCUUGCCUGUGGUCACUGUGGCUAUUGGUCCCGGGAGAGGGGGAGCAACGUGCGGCGGCACCUCAAGAAGGCCGUGUGCCUCAAGGACAGAGGCUACUGCAAGGAGCAGCUGGCUGGGCUGGAUAGGACAGAGCGCCGCAGGUUCCUCAGGAGAGUGGCGGCCGCCAAGUGUCGGGCCAAGAAGAAAGCCAGAGUACUCAGUGAUGGGAGCGACAGGAGGCUGGGUGCGGAGGAUGGCACAUCAUGCACUACCACCACCAUGACCACCACGCCCACUACCAUGACUCUUAGCACUAGCACCACCACAGCAACCACCACGGAUGCUUUCACCGGCCUCAGCACUACCACAUCUGCCACAAAUUAUUCGUCUUGCCCCCUUGAGUCCACAGAGGAGCCGUUUGCAGAGUGCCUGGUGGAGAUUGAGGAGCGGUGCUACCCAGGCGAUGACGGGAAGGGAGCAGGAAUGCCACCCUCACCCCAGCAGCACCACCAACAGCACCAAAAGCAGGAGCAACAACAACAACAACAACAACAACAACAACAACAACAGCAGCAGCAUCAUCAGCAGCAGCAGCAGCAGCAGCAACAGCAGCAGGCAAAGAGGAAGCUGGUACGCCACAAGGCACUGCUGCUGGGGCCAGCAGUGAUGCAGGAAGCAGUGUUGAGGGUGCCCUAUGACAUCUUCACCAUCAAUGAGAACAAUGAGAGGCUGGCGUGGAAGCCUCCUCAUUGCCAUAAGGUAGGUCCAGGAAAUCCGUGCCAGAUAGUGUUCAAGGGGGCUCGCAUGAAGAGGCGCUGCCUGGACCUGCCUUUGCCAAGAAUACUGAUCUACCGCAAGUUGGACUGCAAGACACACCACUGUAACUUUACACUCUUCCACCCAAGUGCAAGGGCAGCUUUCCACUGUGAUAGUAAUGCCAAGGCUUCCAUUGAUAUCAAGAUGUAUGGAGAUAUUGUGAUGACACAGGAGUUUUAUCACUACUUUGUGUCUCUGCUCUCCAUCAUGAAAAUGAAGUCUUCGCAGACAGCACGCCACCUCACCAGUGUUUGGGAGACCAUCCUGGCAGAGCGGCUGGGUGUGGCCACCAUCCCUGAGGAGUAUCGCAAGAUUAUCACUCUCUCUAAGCAGACGGUGAAGUCAAUCUGGAGUAGCAUUGAGGAGGAGGCUGAGAGCCGAGGAGUGGCACGAUUGUCCAAGGGAUCCCGCCGCAGGAAAAAGCUGCCGCCUCCUGUGCUGCCGUCCUCAGUGUCCUUGCCGCCGCCCUUCCCACUGCCACCCACCAGCAUGGGGCCAUUCUCCUCCGGCGUGGAUGUGUGUGGCAUGACCCAGCCCCCCCCACCACACCCAUGCAUGAAGCGCCUCAACCCCACGGCCCCCAAGCCACCCCCACUGCCUCCUCCUCCACCACCAGCACCACCACCAAAUCAUCCACCACCACCAUCAACCCACCCACCACCACCACCACCACCAUCAACUCAUGCUCCACCUGGCCCUCCAAAAACCACCAUGAUGACCCUCCCUCCUCCUCCUCCUCCUCCUCAUGCUCCACCUCCUCACCCUACCCACCACAAUGGCAUGCAGCAAGUACCUCCACACACAGCUGUCAACCACACACACUGGCUGGGUCAAGCUCCACAGUACCCCCACAACAUGGCACCAUACCCCAUGGCACCACACCAUCCCUCAGCAGAGUACUACCCAGUGCCCACUCACUUCAUGACCCAGUAUACCCCGGCAAGCAUGGGCACCUCCCCAUAGUCUGGACAGGGGUCACCUUGUCACUGCAACGAGUGGGAACGCCCUGAUUAUUUUAUUGAAUGUUUUUUAUAUAUUUGUAUUUGUGACAGCAACUGUUGGCUGCUGAACAGAGAAAGAGAGAGAGAGAGAGAGAGAGAGAGAAGCUCAAAGACGACGGAUCUGUAUUACCUGAAAGUGUUCUUAUAGUGGCCAGUCAAGUUGAGGAUGGAGGGACUCAAGAGAAGUUUUGAGCUAAAUCACUCAACUUGGUGGACACACUCAUCACAAGACACAUCACAGAAUACCUGGAUGACCAACCAAUUGAAGAACAAACUUGUUGGACAAAUCUGAAAUAAGAAUCACAAACCAGGAGCAGAAAAGUUCACUGGAAGAAUGACUUGAAUGACCUGCCAGUGGGACAACCUCAUUGUCAUCCAAACACAGAUUGACUUGGACUCUGAGAGAAGUUCUCCUUCCUGCCAUCAGCAAGUUGUGGCCACCUCAGCUCCUCGAUGCUAAUAAUUUCAAGUGUCUGUGGUCCUUGGUUUUCACAGUGACUACUGGCAUGUUGUUAAUAGGUGAGUAUAUGAUAUAAUACUGUUGGUUGAACAGGAAGAGAGCCAGAUACAGGGACUGGCCAUCAUAUCCUGUACUAUAAACUCUAGGAACUAAAUUGAGGACCAACAGCUAGCUACUCUUAGUAAUGUGAAGAACAUCAAAUAGCCUGCUACACUCUUACCCUCAGAGUGAACAAGGACUAUCAUGCAACUGCACAAGACAACGGUUGAAAGCCUACUUACUCAAAGCACCUUUAUACCGCUAUGCCAGCAUCUGUAAGUCUCCAGAGUGAUGUGUAACUAAGCCAGAGUGUUGAGAGGAAGCUGAGGCAGCGAUGGGUGGCCAAAAUUGGUCAUGAUGGUGGGCAGCACAGAGACCCUCCUCUCACUGCAGCAGUUGUCAUCUUCACCCUCCUUCCUGCUGCUACUCAGGGGCUCUGGGGGAUGAUGAGUCAGUCCCACAGUGACAUCAGUAGUGUGGGGGAGGGGAAGGUCGGACUCCUGGGAGAACAUGGGUCCCUGGCAGAGUAACUAUCACAGCAACAGGUGGCGGUGAUGGAGGGGGGGCGGGGAGGUUCUUAAAGGAAGGCGAUCUUGAGGAUGAGCAUGAGGAGGGCCGAGAUGCCAGCAGUCAGUGGUACCGUCACAACCCAGGCAAUGACGAUGUUCCUGUGGGAGGAGAAAGAACAGUGUAUUUAAUGCCAAAGCUGUGUGCCAUUAGUGCUGUAAAGGAUUUGAAAGAGAGAGGGAGAGAAAUUUAUAUGUGAGGGGCUGUGGUGGGUGACUGUGGUUUGUAAACAUACUGUGGGGAGGCAUACUGUGGGUCUGUGGGCUGUGGUGAGAGAGAGAGAGAGAGAGAGAGAGAGAGAGAGAGAGAGAGAGAGAGAGAGAGAGAGAGAGAGAGAGAGAGAGAGAGAGAGAAUGGAACUCUCUCACAGCUCUUAUAUUCACCACUUCUGCCUCAAACUUUUUAUCCCCAGUCUUACACACUCACUCAAUUUUGCUCAUCUCGGCUAUCUCAGCACGGAAAUGUCCACCAGCCACUUUUCUCAUUCCGUCCAAGUACUCACAAUAUCCUCCACUUUUUCAUUCAUGCUUUUAUCACUCAUUUUUGCAUUCAUCAUAACUCUCCACGGUCACCUUUCUUCUCAUACUUUUCAUACAUAUUUAUUUAUAUGAUUAAUACAUUUAUUCAUAUCACUCCACUGUUUUUCAUAAUAUCAUUCUUCGUCUUCACUGGUUCUCUGGUGCAUAUACAAAGGGCACACACACACACACACAGAUCCAUACUUAUUUUAACCAUUCUAAUCUUUACAUUUUACUGACUCCAUUCUUGUGUCCCCUUCUAACUAUAUAUAUGCCUUCUUCUUCCAACCUUAAUGAGACAUCAAACUUAUGCCUAGCUACUUCUUUUUACUUUCCAUUCAUCCAUGUCCACACUGACCUCACAUCACUGUCUUUUAUAAUAAUAAUAUAAUGCCUUCAAAAUAUGAUAAAGAUUAGGUUAUAAAAAUGGCAAUGUUUAGCAGUCAAAUAAAGGAUGCAAUUUUGAAAAAAAAACUUGUGUGAAGAAAUGUGGAACAAGUAUGCAAGACAUGAUGAAUGAGUGUGAUGUGACAUAACUGAAGUAGUUAUUGAUGAAGUGGAGGCAUUUCUAUGAUGAGCAUCUAUUAGCAUUGGAAGUUAUAGCGUCAGUGUAUUAUUGUGCUGUUGAAAUUGUUAAUAAACUUUUGAAUACA